UCUGCUUUCUCCUUCACUGUGCCCCGCUGCACCGAACAGCGUCGUCAAACUCUGCACGCUCCACCCCAUAAAGAAAGUUUCCCUCCUUACACUUCCUUCCUCUAAAGGAGACAUGGUAGAGAAAGGAGUUGGGAGUGAGGUGCAGCACAACAAGACAGUGAAAGACAAGAAGGCAGAGAACAAAGACCACUGUGUGACAUGUCGGCACAACGCACCCAAGGAACAUGGCACAAUGGCCGUCCCUCCUUCAUACUCAGACUUGGGGAAAUCUGCCAAAGACAUCCUCAACAAGGGCUUUGGAUAUGGAGUACUGAAGUUGGACGUUAAGACCAAGUCCCAGAGUGGUGUUAUGGAGUUUGCCACCUCCGGCUCCAACAACACCGACACAGGGAGAUCAGGAGGCCACCUUGAGACCAAGUACAAAGUGAACGAGCUGGGCCUCACCUUCAACCAGAAAUGGAACACAGACAAUACUCUCACCACAGAAAUCACCAUGGAAGACCAGCUGGCUAAGGGCUUGAAGUUUGGUCUGGACGCGUCAUUUGUGCCCAACACCGGCAAGAAGAGUGCCAAACUGAAGACCGGCUACAAACGUGACUUUGUAAAUGUUGGCUGCGACCUGGACUUUGACAUGUCUGGCCCCACCGUCCACGCAGCUGCUGUGCUGGGCUAUGAGGGCUGGCUGGCAGGUUACCAGUUGGCUUUUGACACAGCCAAAUCAAACCUGACCCAGAACAACUUUGCCCUUGGAUACAAGGCCGGUGACUUCCAGCUUCACACCAGUGUUAAUGACGGCACAGAGUUUGGUGGCUCCAUUUACCAAAAGGUGAACUGCAACUUGGAGACGUCGGUCCAACUGGCCUGGACAGCUGGCAGCAACAACACACGCUUUGGAAUUGGAGCCAAAUACCAGCUGGAUAAGGAUACCUCCCUAUCUACCAAAGUGAACAACGCCUGCCUUGUUGGAGUUGGAUACACACAAACCCUCAGGCCAGGAGUGAAGCUCACCCUCUCAGGUCUGAUUGAUGGUAAGAACGUGAACGGCGGUGGACACAAAAUCGGCUUGGGUUUCGAACUGGAGGCCUAAAGAUUCAGCGGAAGGACGGACAAGAAGAGAGGAGAGCAACACAGGAGAAGCACAGCAACACAGCAAAGGUCCACUCAGCGAAACAUAAACACAUCUUCCCUCUAAGUCCUUACUUACUUAAGCACACAUAUAUACACAUUUGUUGGCCAUAUCCCUGAAUACCCGAGCAGCCACCAAGACCUGCGGUUCUAUAGUUUUGAAAGUAUCUUUACUUUUAAAUUUUACAUUAUUUACAGCUCAGACAACCAACCUUUGACCAUAUGUUAUCAAAAUACAACAAAAGAACAGACUUCAUGCAAAGCCCCGUUCUCCAAAUAUUGUUUGCUUGUUACCCGUUUGACCAGACAAAGUGCACUUUUAAUAGAGCAUUUGUGUCUUAAACAGAUCGGUUUUCUUUCUGAAAUACCUUCUUACUUUGACUGUGUGGUCAGCUUGUUUUUAGUCAGAUAUACUCUGGGUUUUAGACCAUUACUAAGCUUAUUAGAGGAUGCUUGUUUCCGUAUAUUGUGGUUUUGUUGCAUGCUUUCAAGGCUAGAGGGACGUUUUUUGACUUUUCAUUGUCACAUUGAUAAGUACACUGACUGUAAACCGAUGCAAUAAAAGCUGGAGAGAAUUAAGCAGGAAAGACAAAAGAGCGCCUGAUCCUUCUCAGAGUGGACUGACUUUGAUUCCACCAUUUGACCUCAGUAAUGCAGUUUUGUAACUGUGAACCUUCAGUUGCCUAAAUGUCUAUUUUUCUGGUCCUUUUUGGUAAAAAGGCCAGCAGCAAUUUGAGACUGUGUGUCACCUUUGUCUUGUCUCUUUUCGUGUCCUGUACCUGUUCAACCUUUACCACAACAUAUCACUUUAUCUGUGUUGUGCUUUGUAUAGGAGAGUUAGUCAACAGUUAGGACCUCAAACUGAUUUUAUUGAAUUAAUGGAAUAAAGAUUGUUAAACACUAUGA